CUCCCUCCCCUCUCCUCUCUCCGCCUCCCCGGGUCCCGCGGGCUUCACGGCGGGCGGCGCGACCAGGCCUCGCUCCCUGGGCGACCGACGCAAGGCGAAAAAGAAAGGGCCCUAGCACCACCACCACCACCAACAACAACAACAACAACCACCACCACAACAACAACAAUCACAACAACAACAACAACAUCAUCCUCGACAUCUUCACGUCGCUCUCGCCAUGGAAGUUGCGGGAAGGAAACGGAAGCGAAAGUCUCCCAGUUCCAAACUUCGCAAAAGCAAUGCGUUUGCCGAGGAGAACAGCACUGCCAGCGACUUGGAGUACCCAAUGCAGGAGAAGCACGUGGCAGUGAGUAGCGGGGCUACUCGAUGUCUCGCACUAGACGAGGCGAUGGCCAAUGGUUCUGGACGUGUUCACGUUUUUCCUUCAGGUGACGGCACACAGGAAGGCAGCAUCAACAAUGGAAACAGCCACCAUCGCACCAUUUCCAGUCAACCUUCUGCCCACCCUUCGAAGGCUGAUGCCAGCCAACAACAGAGCAGGGCUGAUCAAGACUUGACUGCCAUGCCUGGAAUUCCUGUUCAGCCUAAUCCAAAUGACAUCAAAACAGAGCCUGAAGAGGACAAUCAAUCUGGCGUGCUUUGGGAAAACCCAGAAGACAACAAUGGCCUUCAUCUGUCCACAACAGAUGAUGUUGAAUUUCAUCAGUUGUCUAUGCUAGAAUCGUUGGCAGGCCACUGGAAUGAUGAUGGCAGCAGGAACCAGCACCUAAUACCACAGUCCUUCACCAACAGCUCCACCGGCAUCGCAUCCAGUCCCCGAGAGAACCCAGACAGAGAGCCUGUGUGCGAUAUGCAUGACCUCAGCAUGCACCGGUGUAAAUGUUCAUGUGAGCCUCUGCUGCACUCCAUUCUGCAUGAACUGAAGAGCAUCCGCGAGCUCAUGCAAUCACAGACAGCUGCCCACCCAGACGUGUGCAACGCAGCCGUUCAAACAAACGCAACGGCGGACUCCUCCUCCGGCAGGGUCAUGUCUGGCCAGCACCUCAUCGUCAUCUCCGGCGGGCCGGCCCCAAAGCUGGCGGCGACGUUGGCGCCCGGCCUGAUGCCCACCCCGGCCUCCUCCACGCAGCUGUGCUCCAGCAGCAUGGGCCUGACAAACGGCUCGCCGGGCACGCCGCUGAAAGUGCCGCAUGCCAGAAUCGCAAGUGCCGUAGGUCACGCACCGCUUCCGGCCGGAAACGGCUCCCGGCCGGCCGCCCUCCAGUGCCGACGGGGCGGCUUUCGAAGUGGGGAGUUGCCCCACCUGCCCAGGCCAUGCACCACCGUCACCACUGCCACCACCUUCUCCGCGAUCGAUUCAGGCCGCCUCGGCGGCAGGGGCCUCCGGCACCAGCCGGCGAUCAACAGGGCCGGCUGCCUGGGAUUGAACCUGAGUAGACACGGUCAGGUUCAAGUGCUCGGUGUCGACGCUGGCGCUGCCGUCUUCCCGCAGGUGCAUGCCGGCGGGCUCGAGCGGGGCGGCGGUCGAAUGCCACACGCGGAGCAGGCGCCUCUAGGGCAGGCGCUGCUGGGAGGCGGCGCUCCGGGGACGGCCUGCCGUCUCCCCGACACGCAGUGCCGACAAGCCUCCAGGAUUAGGAUUGAGAGCGUGAAGACGUUGGUGGUGGCGGCGGCUGCGGGGCCGAUGGCGGGACCGGCGGAGUUCAUGGCACAGGAAGGCAGGAAGGCCAUCCCGGCCGGGAAGCACACGUUCCAAAGCAGGGCCGAGCAGGGCGCAAGCAGAACCAUCGAUUCGAUGGAGCGGCCCGGCCCGAAUUCGGCAGGUUUGGCCGCCUCUGCACCUGUAUCAACAGUCGGGAUUCAAGAAAGGAGCAGCCUUGCUUUGGGAAGUCCUGGUAACCCUGCGUUGGAAAACAGCCCGAAAGAUGGUGGCCACUUCACCGAAAACUGUUUCUACUCCCUGGGCCACUCGCCGCAGAGUGACUCCACAGAUCUCGCCGUACAGCUGGCCGACGGCUACAACGUCUUCAUGGCGCGCUCGCAGCUCGAGGAGAUCCUGAUGCACUACACUCGCUCGGGCAGCCUGCUCUUCCGCAAGCUGGUGGCCGCCUUCUUCGACGACCACACGCUCGCCAACUCGCUACCCAACGGCAAGCGCAAGCGCGGCUUCAACGACCCCCGCAAGGGCCUGGAGCCCAACAUCGUGGCCGCCAUCCGAAGCUUCACGGAGAGCUACUGCAAGAAUAAAAAGAUAAUGAAGCUACCAGGACCGAAAGAUUGGGUGCAACUCUUGCAGGACCAGAUAAAGCUGGCUCGUCGUCGCAUUCGCAGAGUGCCUCCACACAACAUGAGGCUGCAGGACUCGGCAGAGGCGUUUGAAGGAGAGAAAGGGAAGUUGGAAUGAAGGGAGUCGUCGGCUCUUUAGACCACCCGGCACUGUGAACAAAUGUAACACUCGCAGACAAUUCACUUUGCAAAAAGAGGGACAACUCUGCUUUCUUACUUUAUCGUAAAGAGGUGGCGUUGUGUAAUGUUUACAGUUUUUUUUUUAUGAGUGUAAACACUGGAUGUGAGGUUUGAUUUUUAAUCGAGAGUUCUUUGUAAAUAAACACCAACACAAAAAACUAGCAGAGAGGGGGGGGGGUUUUUUGUUAAGUGUUUUUUUUUUCCAAAGAACCCCGUCGCUUCACCCCCGUCACGCGAAAAGCAUUCAUUUUAUAGACGGCAUUGGUCAAACAUCCAGCUGCAAACAAAAAAUCCUGGAAAAUAGAGAGAAUCCUGCACUCGUUGAUGCUUUCCAUUAUAAAUAUAUAUUUGAUUACUGGGUAAUUAAUAUUUAAUAAAAAGGUAAUUUUUACUUUUAAAAAAUUGGUUGCACUGCAGACAAAUGCCAACCCGAAGCCAGAAUUUUGUGGCGCUUUGCGUGCGCUCGACCCUGCAAGAAUUGUCGAAUCGUUGAACUGGGUCCUGAAGUUGUAAAUCGACAUCAGUGUGUGCAUAUGCUAUCGUCGUCUUUAGCCCUGUUCUAUCCACUGCUGGAUGAAAACCUCCCCACAUCACCUGCACCCCCCCCCCCCUCCCGCCACUCACAUCACCAGUCUUGUUCACAGCCAUCAACCCAUCUGGCAAUUCUAGAUUUAAAGCUUUCGUGACUGCAAGGAUCCAUACUCUUUGGUUCUAUUCGGUAAAGUCACGUGCCACGCCCAAGGCCAAUUGUCCAAACGGUCACUUCGCUUUGUCCUCUCAUCCACGUUUUGCCCCUUCUUUUGGUCUCGCAAUGUAAUUUCCAGAUUUUCCAUUUUUUUUCGUCAUUGUCCACGUUCCCGUUCCAUUUGUUUAUAGCAGGGAACUUGUGACCGAUUGUGAAACCCCCCUCCCUCUUUAUGCACCAGGGGUUGUUGCUUGCCGUUGUCACGUUGUGUUUCACUGGCAUUUCCAGCCUGCCCUGGCUUUUAUUUAAUUCUCGCGAUACAUUUUCGAGUUGUGGGUCCCCAUGCCGAACACCGCAAUAGACUGUGCAGAUGCGAGACCUGGCGAGAGAUAACGGUAGCAGGUUGGCACCGCGAUUAUUUGUACGAGACCUUUGGGAGUCUGGUCGUAAAAUAUAUUAAGUCUGACGACCCGGUUGCUAUUUAUAUCCCAUAGCCACUGUUGUGGACUCCAAAUAUUGAAAAUACCUGCUGAGGAUGCCUCUAGAACCCUAACAUAACUCCCAAGUUCAGUGUCCUUGGCGCGGCCGUUGGAGAAUUUCUCAUCUAAAGCGAGUGUCAUGCGCUGCUGCUGUCGGGAUUUUCAGAAAUUGAAAAUGUAACGGUUAAAAAUAAAUACAGCAGCUGUGAAAACGUA